GAGGAAGGACCAAAGGCCGCGCCCAGCGCUGCAGCCCCUCCCGGCGGGCCUGGCGGGGGAGGGCUCAUGGAAGAAAUGAGUGCCAUGUUGGCCCGGCGGAGGAAAGUUACAGAGCAGGGUGAGAAAUCCAUUCCAAAGAAAGAGGAAGGCCCUGCGCAGGAGGACACGGAAGCUGCAGGUGCCAAGACCACAGACACCUUCCGGAGGCCUUGGGAGAAGACCAGCACGACGCUGCCCAGGAUGAAAUCUGCCGGAGCGCUCACCGGCCCGGAACCCACGAGCGGCGGUGCAGGGGACGAAUCCGAGCUGGAACGGGUGAAACAG